ACUCGUUAAAUUUCUUGUAGAAAAAAAAAUUACUCAAACUUCGCGGGAUAGAGACCGGAGCGAGUACUGGAGUAGGAUUGAUGAAAAUAAGUUCCAUCUAGAACAUUCCUUCCCCUUCCUUUCCUUUCGAAUGAAGAAUGGACAUUUCUAGCAACGCCGACGUGCCCAAGUUGUCCCUUUUAUUUAGUAUUAUCCAAAUCAAUCACCUUUGUUUCCUAAUUUCUUUUCCGUGAAGUCGAUUAGAAAUAGAUACAUACAGUUUGUAGUUAUCUCUCACAGCAAUCAAUGAUGGCCACCACAAACGAGGACCAGAAAGCAACCAAACAGCCGGGGGCGGAGGAAGAUACGGAGAAAUGGGGGACCCACAUAAUGGGGGCGCCGGCGGCGCCGACAGUUCAUCCGGGCAAUCAGCAGGCGGCGCAGUGGCAGGGUGCGGGCUCACAGCAGCCUCACCAAAUCCAGCAGCCGUACGUGGUGUUUGCGCCGGUGGAGAAGCCCGCCGACAACCCCCUUGAACAUGUUGUCAGUCUCUUCAAUUCUUGGACUCGCAAAGCCGAAGACAUUUCUCGUAAUGUCUGGCACAAUUUAAAAACUGGGCCAUCUGUAUCUGGAGCUGCAUGGGGGAAGGUUAAUCUAACAGCCAAGGCAAUAACAGAAGGUGGAUUCGAGUCUCUAUUCAAGCAGAUUUUCGAUUCGUAUCCAGAUGAGAAGCUCAAGAAAACAUUUGCCUGUUAUCUUUCCACAACCACUGGCCCUGUUGCUGGAACCCUCUAUCUCUCCACUGCUCGUCUAGCUUUCUGCAGCGACCGCCCUUUGUCCUUCACUGCCCCCUCCGGCCAGGAGACAUGGACUUACUACAAGGUGACAAUACCUUUGGGGAAUAUAGAGAAUGUGAACCCCGUUAUCAUGAAAGAGAAUCCACCGGAGAAGUAUAUCCAUAUAGUGAGCGUGGACAGGCAUGAGUUCUGGUUCAUGGGGUUCGUUAAUUUUGAGAAAGCAUCACAUCAUCUGCUGGACAGUGUAUCUGAUUUUAGGGCGAGAGGGACCAUAUCUCAACCCGUUUCAAGCUGAUCAGAAGCAGUUAGAUUGUUUCUAUUUUGACAUCUUCAGUUUGGUAUUUCGGGUAUGUUAUUAUGGCUUAUAGAGUGAGUUGGUUUGUGGUUUUAAGUUUACUUGUUCCCUAUUAUGACUGGUAUGGUUUCUUUCUGUUUGGUGAAGUCUAGUUUGUACAUGAUAGUUUGUUUAUAUUAGUAUUUUUUUUUA